AACCUGAAACCUCCAUCUCUCACGUUGAAGCUCGCCUCCUCACCCUCAGGCAUGAAGGUCUCCGCAGCGCUUCUGUGCCUGCUGCUCACAGCAGCCGCCUUCAGCACCCACGUGCUUGCUCAGCCAGAUGCAAUUAGCGCCCCAGUCACCUGCUGCUAUACAGUCACCAAUAGGAAGAUUGCGACGCAGAGGCUCAAGAGCUACAUAAGAAUCACCAGCAGCAAGUGUCCCAAAGAAGCUGUGAUCUUCAUGACCAAACUGUCCAAGGAGAUCUGUGCUGAUCCCAAGGAGAAGUGGGUCCAGAGUGCCAUUGCCCACCUGGACAGAAUAACCAAAACUCUAAAGCCUUACACUCACUCCACAACCCAAGAAAAUGAAACUUAUUUAUUUUCCACUAGCUCUCCCUCUACUACUACUUUAUUGUAAUUUCAAAGAGUAUGAACUUUGUUUAUUAAUAUGGAAUAUGAUGCCUUAAUUAAUGCUAAUCUUAUUUAAGUUAUUGAUGUUUUAAGUUUAUCUUCCAUAAGUACCAGUGUUUUUUAGAUAUAGAGAUUUGGGCAAAUUGUUUACCCUCUGUGAACCCCAAUUCUACCCCUGGGAUGUUUUAUGGAGUCUUUGCAAGGAUCAUGAAUGCAAAGACUUUUUGUUUUUAAAUUCCAAGGUAUUGGCUAAAAUAUUAUUGUGAAAAUAAGUAUUAU